UCCAGCCUGAUGUCUCUGGGCGGGUUCACUGCCACUAAAGCUUUUUAUCUUGUUUAUUGUCCCUAACGGCCACUUGGUUGUAUAAAUUCUAAAUAUCAUCUGUCCUGACAGCACAAGGAUCAUCAUGGCAUGUGCAGCCCUCACUGCCUGCUGAAGCUACCCUGGAAGCUAACUUCUUGGCCAGUGUGUGUCCUGGGGGUAGGGCUGUGCACCCUUCUGCCUGCGUAACGCUAUUUUGGAGCAGGGUAGAUAGAAGCUGGAGGCUAGAUAUCACUGAGUUGGGGUAGAUAAAGAUUUCUGCUGUGUCUUUGUUAGCUUUCAGCUUCCUCCUAAUGUGAGAAGACCUCUUAUUUAUUCUUUUGGACAGGACCCUGUGGAGCACACACAUCUGAGCCAGGGCAGUGAGACUAGAUUGGACCUGGAGGAGGAGAAGCCCCUGUAAACUGCACCAGGAUGAGGCUGGGUACUCUGCUGGGGUUGACACUGGGAUUUACAGUGUUACUCUCCUUCAGUGCCAGUCAAGGUGCUGACAAAGAGGUGACAUCUGAUACAGUGAAGGAAUCCAGAGCCAACAGAGCCAAGAGAAGAGGUGGAGGUGCUGGAGUGGGGCAUGAUGUCCUGAAAGGGCCCAAUGUUUGCGGAUCCAGAUACAAUGCAUACUGUUGUCCUGGGUGGAAAACAUUACCGGGAGGGAACCAAUGCAUUGUCCCCAUUUGUCGCCAUUCCUGUGGUGAUGGAUUCUGUUCACGGCCUAAUAUGUGCACAUGUCCAACUGGUCAAACGGCCCCAUCAUGCGGCUCUAAAUCAGUUCAGCAGUGUAACAUCCGAUGUAUGAACGGUGGCACCUGCAGCGAUGAACACUGUAUGUGUCAGAAGGGUUAUACGGGAACACAUUGUGGCCAGCCUGUCUGUGAACAUGGAUGUCUAAAUGGUGGACGAUGUGUGGCUCCAAAUAGAUGCGCCUGCACAUAUGGAUUUACGGGACCCCAGUGUGAAAGAGAUUACAGGACAGGACCAUGCUUCUCUAUUGUGAGCAACCAAAUGUGUCAAGGACAGCUGAGCGGUAUAGUGUGCACGAAGACGCUGUGCUGUGCUACAGUCGGGAGAGCAUGGGGCCACCCUUGUGAGAUGUGCCCAGCCCAGCCACAUCCCUGUCGUCGUGGCUUUAUUCCAAACAUCCGAACAGGAGCGUGUCAAGAUGUGGAUGAAUGCCAAGCAAUCCCUGGGAUGUGUCAAGGAGGAAAUUGUAUUAAUACUGUGGGAUCUUUUGAGUGCAAAUGCCCAGCUGGACACAAGUUUAAUGAAAUAACACAAAAAUGUGAAGAUAUUGAUGAAUGCAGUACCAUACUGGGCAUCUGUGAAUCAGGUGAAUGUGCAAACACUGUGGGAAGUUACUUCUGUAAAUGUCCCCCAGGAUUCUUUACAUCAGCAGAUGGCUCAAGAUGUAUAGAUACUCGUCCCGGUUACUGCUUCACCAACGUAGUGAAUGGACGCUGUAUCAAUCAACUGCCGCAACUCCUACCAAAAACACAGUGUUGCUGUGAUAGUGGAAGAUGCUGGUCUGCAGGAGCAGCAGGCGCCUCUGAAAUGUGCCCUUUCCGAGGAACAGAUGAAUAUCGAAAGCUUUGCACAAUGACUUGGGUCCAACCUGGCCAAUUUCCUGUACCAGGACCUGGACCAGUUAUUCCUCCGGGACCAGAGUUUCCUCCUCCUUUAGGUCCUCAAAUACCACCCUACCCUCCUUUGUUUCCACAACCACCAGUCCCAGGAUUGCUUCACCCAACUCCUCGAACUCCUGUCACCUCAUUAAAUUUAACACAAGAUUACUGUUUAUUGUACCGGAACCUGUGUAUACAUGGUCGGUGCAUCCCCACUCCUGGAAGCUAUCGCUGUGAGUGCAACAAGGGAUUCCAUUUAGAUGGUAGAGGAGAAUGCAUAGAUGUUGAUGAGUGUGAAAGAAACCCCUGCCUUCAUGCCGAUUGUGUAAAUACCCAGGGAUCAUAUAUUUGCCAAUGUCACUCAGGAUUCCAGAGCACAUCAACACGAACAGAAUGCAGAGACAUCGACGAAUGCUUACAAAAUGGUCGUAUCUGCAACAAUGGACGGUGUGUGAACACGGAUGGCAGUUUCCACUGUGUGUGCAAUGCAGGCUUUCAAGUGUCAGUUGAUGGAAAGAAUUGCCAAGAUAUGGAUGAAUGUAGUGUAAAGAACAUGUGUCUAAAUGGAAUGUGCAUCAAUGAGGAUGGGAGUUUUAAAUGCAUCUGCAAACCUGGCUUUCAGCUUGCACCUAAUGGACGUUUUUGCACAGAUAUUGAUGAAUGUGAGACUGCAGGCAUUUGCAUGAAUGGCCAUUGUGUGAACACGGACGGUUCCUUCAGGUGCGAAUGUUUCCCUGGACUUGCAGUUGGACUCGAUGGACGUGUGUGUGUAGACACUCACAUGAGGAGCACAUGUUAUGGUGGUUACAAGAGGGGUCAGUGUGUUAAACCCUUACUGGGUGCUGUGACAAAGUCAGAGUGCUGCUGUGCCAGCACAGAAUUUGCGUUUGGUGAACCAUGCCGACCUUGUCCUGCAAAAACUUCAGAUGAGUAUCAAGCAUUAUGCAGCAGUGGCCCAGGAAUGACAUCUGUAGGAACUGAUAUCAACGAAUGUGCUCUGGAUCCUGAUAUCUGUCCCAAUGGAAUAUGCGAAAACCUCAUCGGAACAUACAAAUGCAUCUGUAACUCCGGAUAUGAUGUGGACAGUAUUGGAAAGAAUUGUGUUGAUAUUGAUGAGUGUGCCUUGAACAGACUACUAUGUGACAAUGGACAAUGUCGCAAUACACCUGGAAGCUUCUCUUGUACUUGCCCUAAUGGUUAUGUCUACAAGCCUGAACUAAAAACUUGUGAAGAUAUUGAUGAAUGCGAGUCAAACCCCUGCAUCAAUGGCCAAUGCAAGAAUAUCCCGGGAUCCUUUGUUUGUGAAUGUUCCUUUGGCAGCACACUAGAUACAACUAAGACAAUUUGUGUUGAAACGUUAAAGGGCACAUGCUGGAAAGACAUAGUCAAUGGAAGAUGUGAAAUAAACAUAAAUGGAGCCACUCUGAGAUCCCAGUGCUGUUCAACAUUAGGAAUAGCUUGGGGAAGUCCAUGUCAACCUUGUGAAGUUGAUCCUGUCUGCCCUAAAGGUUUUGCCAGAACCAAAGGGAAAGAUUGUCAAGAUGUUAAUGAAUGUGAGGUAUUUCCCGGAGUGUGUACCAAUGCCAACUGUAGAAACACAAUCGGGUCCUUUAUCUGCGAAUGCCCGGAGGGAAUGAAGGUUGAUGCUUCUGGACGCACAUGCAUUGAUGUCCGUGUAGAGACCUGCUACCUGAAGCAUGAGGAGGAGGAGUGUUCUGCUUCUAUUUCUGGUCGCUUUCGGUUGGACGCCUGCUGCUGCACUGUUGGAGCUGGAUGGGGGCCUGACUGUGAAGAGUGUCCACACAAGGGAACACCAGAGUUUGAAACACUUUGCCCCAGAGGCCCUGGUUUUGCUUCUAAAGAGAUUACCCCAGGAAAAACAAUCUCUAAAGAUGUCAAUGAAUGCAAAAUGAUUCCAAGUCUUUGCAAGUACGGUAAAUGCAGAAACACUAUUGGUAGCUUCAAGUGUCGGUGUGACAGUGGUUUUGCCCUUGAUGCAGAGGAAAGAAACUGCACAGAUAUUGAUGAAUGCAGAAUAUCCCCUGAUCUUUGUGGACCAGGAAACUGCAUUAACACUCCAGGAGACUUUGAGUGUGACUGCUUUGAAGGUUAUGAAAGUGGAUUUAUGAUGAUGAAGAACUGUAUGGACAUUGAUGAGUGUGAAAGAAACCCACUCCUGUGUCGUGGUGGCAUCUGUCUGAAUACAGAGGGAAGCUUUAAAUGUGAAUGCCCUCCUGGACAUGAAGUGGCACCUGAUAAUUCUGCCUGUCUAGAUAUCAAUGAGUGUGGACUCAGCACUGAUCUGUGUAGAAAUGGCCGAUGUGUAAAUCUGAUUGGGAGAUACCAGUGUGCUUGUGAUCCUGGAUACCAACCAACCCCUGAUAAACUCAACUGUGUUGAUAUUGAUGAGUGUGAACAUUACAAUGGUGGAUGUGACUCCAACUGUACCAACUCUGAAGGAAGUUAUGAAUGUAGUUGCCUAGAAGGUUACGCUUUAAUGACAGAUCAAAGAUCCUGUACUGAUAUUGAUGAGUGUGAAACGAAUCCAAACAUCUGCGAUGGAGGCCAGUGCACAAACAUACCUGGAGAGUACCGCUGUCUUUGCUAUGAUGGUUACAUGGCAUCUGUGGAUAUGAAGACUUGUCUAGAUGUCGAUGAGUGUGAACUCCAUUUAAACAUCUGUCUAAGUGGAAGCUGUGAAAACACCAAGGGCUCAUUCAUCUGUCAUUGUAAUCCUGGUUACUCCGGCAAGAAAGGAAUCACCGGCUGCACAGAUGUCAAUGAAUGUGAGAUUGGUGCUCACAAUUGUGACAGGCAUGCCAUGUGUACAAACCUACCUGGAAGUUUUAAGUGUAGCUGCAGCCCUGGAUGGGUAGGAAAUGGAAUCAAGUGCACAGAUCUUGAUGAAUGUUCAAAUGGAACCCAUCUCUGUAGUCAGGAUGCAAACUGCAAGAACACCAUGGGAUCAUAUAGAUGUCUGUGCAAGGAAGGAUAUUCAGGAGAUGGAUUUGAAUGCAAAGAUAUUGAUGAAUGCACAGAAAACGUCAAUCUAUGUGGAAAUGGUCAAUGUCUUAACACUCCAGGAGGAUAUCGUUGUGACUGUGACAUGGGAUUCUUACCUAGUGUUGAUGGGAAAACAUGUGAAGAUAUUGAUGAAUGUGCUCUUCCCAACAUCUGUGUUUAUGGCACUUGCAAAAACCUCCCUGGUCUCUUCAGGUGUGACUGUGAUCCUGGAUAUGAACUGGAUAAAAGUGGAGGCAACUGCACAGAUGUGGAUGAAUGUACUGAUCCAACAACAUGUAUAAGUGGAACAUGUGAGAAUACUCCGGGCAGUUACAGCUGUGAAUGCCCCCCAGAUUUCCAACUUAACCCCACUCGGGUUGGAUGUGUUGAUACUCGGUCUGGAAAUUGUUACCUGGAGGCAAAACCACGAGGAGAUAAUGGAGACUUGGCCUGCAGUUAUGAGAUUGGUGUUGGCGUAUCCAAGGCCUCAUGUUGUUGUUCUCUUGGUAGAGCUUGGGGAAUUCCUUGUGAACACUGUCCACCUGUAAAUUCCAGUGACUAUAAAAUACUGUGUCCUGGAGGAGAAGGUUUCAGACCAAAUCCCAUUACUGUUAUUUUGGAAGAUAUCGAUGAAUGUCUUGAGUUGCCAGGUCUAUGUCAAGGAGGAAAGUGUGUUAAUACCUUUGGUAGUUUCCAGUGUCGUUGUCCAACUGGCUUCUUCCUCAAUGAAGAGACAAGAGUUUGUGAUGACAUCAAUGAAUGUGAUCAGCCUGGAAUAUGUGGACCUGGAACAUGCUACAAUACUGUUGGAAACUAUACUUGUAUAUGCCCACCUGACUUCAUGCAAAUAAAUGGAGGAAACAAUUGUAUGGACAUGAGAAGAAGUCUGUGCUUUAGAAACUUCAAUGCCGACAAUCAAACUUGUGAUCAAGAAUUGGUUUACAACAUGACAAAAAAAAUGUGUUGCUGUUCAUACAAUAUUGGACGUGCAUGGAACAGACCAUGUGAAGAAUGUCCAUUGCCAAGUACCGAUGACUUUGCAGCACUCUGUGGAAGUGCUCGUCCCGGCUUUUUCAUUGAUAUUUACACAGGACAACCAGUUGAUAUUGAUGAAUGCAGAGAGAUUCCUGGAGUUUGCGAGAAUGGCAUUUGUAUAAACAUGAUUGGGAGCUUCCGUUGUGAAUGUCCAAUGGGAUUUUUCUACAAUGACAAACUGUUAAACUGUGAAGAUAUUGAUGAGUGCCAGAAUGGACCAGUAUGUCAAAGAAAUGCAGACUGCAUUAACACCCCAGGGAGCUACCGCUGUGACUGCAAACCUGGCUAUAAAUUCACUUCUACUGGACAAUGUGUUGAUCGUAAUGAGUGUCAGGAAAAUCCGAACCUUUGCAGCCAUGGAGAAUGUCAUGACAAGACCGGAGGAUAUUACUGUAUUUGUCAUAAUGGAUUUAAAACCAAUGAAGAUCAGACCAUGUGUCUGGAUAUUAAUGAGUGUGAAAGAAAUCCCUGUGGUAAUGGAACAUGCAGAAACACUGUUGGCUCUUAUAACUGCCGCUGUUUUGAUGGGUUCAUUCUGUCCCCCAACAAUGACUGUAUAGAUAUUGAUGAAUGCACCACUUUGAAUGGCCAGUUAUGUAGAAACGGACGGUGCAUCAAUGCCAUUGGGUCUUUCCAUUGUGAAUGUAAUGUCGGAUAUGAGAUGGCAGGAGAUGGAAGAACAUGUCUCGAUAUCAAUGAAUGCGCACUUGAUCCUGGCAAAUGUGCUCCUGGAACUUGUCAAAACCUGGAUGGCUCGUACCGCUGCAUUUGUCCUCCAGGAUAUGUUCUGAAAAAUGACACCUGUGAAGACAUUGAUGAGUGUGUGGAAGUGCCAGAAAUCUGUGUCUUGGGGACUUGCAGCAAUACUCCUGGAAGUUUCAUCUGUCUCUGCCCAGAGGGAUUUGUGCUGUCUUCUACUGGAAGUAUUUGCAGAGAUGUCAGAGUUGGAUUCUGCUUCACUAAGUUUGAAGAUGGAAAAUGUACCUCACCCAAAGCUAGAAAUCACACAAAAACCGAAUGUUGCUGUUCUUUUAGAGAGGCUGGAUGGGGCUCUCCAUGUGAAAUCUGCCCAGUGGAAGGAGAUGCGGGUUUCAAAGAAAUCUGUCCAUAUGGACUUGGCAAUGAUGUUGGACCAGAUGGGGAACGAAUUGAUAUGGAUGAAUGCGUUGAUGCAGAUAAAUGCAAGAAUGGGCUGUGUAUUAACACAGACGGCUCCUACCGGUGUGAAUGUUCUUUUGGCUAUGUCCUCACUGGGGAAGAGUGUGUAGAUACUGAUGAAUGCUCUGUUGGAAACCCAUGUGGAAAUGGAACCUGCAAAAAUACCAUUGGUGGGUUUGAGUGCACAUGUGAAGAAGGUUUUGAGCCUGGGCCAAUGAUGGCAUGUGAAGAUGUUAAUGAAUGUGCCCAAAAUCCCUUGCUAUGUGCUUUCCGCUGUGUUAACACCUAUGGAUCAUAUGAAUGCAAAUGUCCAGCUGGCUAUGUGCUCAGAGAAGACAAGAGGAUGUGCAAGGAUCAAGAUGAGUGUGAAGAAGGUCUUCAUGAUUGUGAAGAAAAGCAGAUGACCUGCAAGAAUCUCAUAGGAACAUAUAUGUGUAUAUGUGGACCAGGGUAUCAGCGCAGACCAAAUGGUGAAGGAUGCAUAGAUGUAAAUGAGUGCAGUAAACCGGGAUUAUGUGAAAAUGGAAAAUGUCUGAACACUGUGGGAAGCUACAAGUGUGAGUGUGCAGAUGGAUUCAACACCAGCGCUACUGAGACAGAAUGCAUUGACAACAGGCUUGGAUAUUGCUUCACUGAAGUUCUACAUACCAUGUGUCAGCUUGGGUCCUCCACUCAGAACUCCGUCACCAAGUCUGAAUGUUGUUGUAACUCGGGUAGAGGUUGGGGUAUUACCUGUGAGAUCUGUCCCUUCUCUGGCACAGUACAGUUUAAAAAGCUUUGUCCUUAUGGCCGAGGUUUCACAACUGGAGGAGAAGACAUCGAUGAGUGUCAUGUACUACAUGGUAUCUGCCGUAACGGGCAAUGUAUCAAUGAGAGAGGCUCCUAUAAGUGCGAAUGCAAUCCUGGCUAUAUUCCAGAUGUGACUGGAACUUCUUGCAUAGACCUUGAUGAAUGUAGCCAGUCUCCUAAACCCUGUAACUUUAUCUGUAAAAAUACCGAGGGAAGUUUCCAGUGUUCCUGCCCCCGUGGUUACAUUUUACAAGAGGAUAGGAGAAGCUGUAAAGACCUUGAUGAAUGUGCAACCAAACAACACAACUGCCAGUUUAUUUGUGUCAACACGAUUGGAGGAUUUACAUGCAAAUGUCCACCUGGAUUCACCCAACAUCAUACUGCUUGUAUUGACAACAAUGAGUGUGCCUCAGAAGGAAACUUGUGCGGAGCUAAGGGUAUAUGUCAGAAUACUCCAGGAAGUUAUGCAUGUGAAUGCCAGCGUGGAUUUUCACUUGAUCAGAGUGGAGCAACAUGCGAAGAUGUGGAUGAAUGUGAUGGAAGCCAUCGCUGUCAGCAUGGAUGCCAGAACAUCAUAGGUGGAUAUAGGUGUAGUUGUCCACAGGGCUAUCUUCAACAUUACCAGUGGAAUCAGUGUGUGGAUGAGAACGAGUGCCUGAGCAGCCACGUGUGUGGAGGGGCCACAUGUCACAAUACACUUGGAAGCUUUAAGUGCAUAUGCCCAACAGGAUUUCAGUUUGAACAGUUUGCAAGUUCUUGCCACGAUAUCAAUGAGUGCAGUUCUUCCCAGGCUCCAUGUAGCUAUGGCUGUUCCAAUACAGAUGGUGGUUAUGUGUGUGGCUGUCCACCAGGAUACUUCAGAGUAGGACAAGGACACUGCGUAACUGGAGCAGGAUUCAGCAGAGCUCAGGAUAUGGCGGUCAGUGGGGAAAUAGAUGACAACUCUUUAUCCCCAGAAGCAUGCUAUGAUUGUAAGAUCAAUGGCUAUCCCAAAAGAGGAAGGAAACGGAGGAGUGCCAAUGAUACAGUCACAGAUGAUGAGGAGCAAUUUGAGUUGGAACCCAUUGUUAACCUCGCAAGUUGGGAUCUUGAAGAAACAACAGUUCUUUCUUUUAACAUCUCCCUUUUAAAUACCAGAGACCGUAUUCUUGAGCUCACUCCAGCGCUCACAACUCUACAACAUCACAAUAGAUAUGUAAUAGACUCUGGAAAUAAAGAUGGCUUAUUCAGGCUGAACCAAAAAGAAGGAAUCAGUUACCUGCAUGUGACCAAGAAGAAGCCAGUCCCUGGUGUUUAUAACCUAGAGAUUAGCAGUUUUCCUCUUUAUAAGGAGAAAGAGCUUAUCCAGCUUGAAGAUAAACAUGACAGAGACUACCUCACUGGUGAACUGGGUGACAUUCUUAAGAUGAAAAUUAAGAUCUUACUUCAUUAAUUCGCCAAAUCAAAGAAGAGCAAAAACCAAAGAUUUAUAAGUAGACAUGAAUGUUCCUUGCCCAAUUUCACAGAUUUCCAUAGCUUUGGUACAAACCUUUCAUAAGUAUGUUUUUAUGAAUAAAAAGCACUUUCUUCUCAUGACAUAUGCAAGGUACAGGAUCAAUAUCCCAGCUCAACACAACCACUUUCUCAGGCUUCUUACAUAGUAUGUAGCUGAGCUACCUUCAUAUGGUGAAUACGCCAAUUUUAAACUUGGGGACUUUUUGGAAUGGAAGUUGGCCUUUGAUGCUGAAAUGUUUGACUGUUUCAGCAGAGGUACAUGAAGUUGUUCUUGUGUUGGACUUCUCUGGUUCGUAAGUUUAAAGUUUUUACAUGCCACCUAAACUCACUAAGCCAGACAUUUAUGAUACCUUUUUGGUGCUAGUAAAUCUUUCAAAACAUUUUGUAUGAAUGCACUGUAAUAUGUACACAUUUUUAGAAGUCAACCAUUAUUCUGUCUAAAAGUUACAAAACCAACCAAAGUAAACAAUAGUUUAUCUCAAUUAUCUUAUAUGUCAUGUAAAUGACGUGUGUAUACUGUAAUCCAGCUUUUAUUUAUCCUCAGAGCAAUUGUAAACUAGAUAUAAGACCUAAAAUUAUUUUGGGUGUUUUUAUUUUUUCUUUUAAAUGGUGCUUAUAAAGACCAACUACUUGUAUACAGAAGCCUAGUGGUGCAAUUUCUGAAACUAGGUAAAUGCACUGAGGUCAGAUGACCGUACAGGAUUAUCCAUUAAAGUUCAGUGCCAUCCUUCAAUAUAUGACAUACAUUGCACAUUGUAAGUACCCAGUGUCAUUUGUAUUAAGGGCUCGGUGUCAUAGAUGCCCCAAUAAAACAGUAGUGUUUUUUUUUUAUUACAUCACAUAUUUGUUGCAUUGUUCAAUCAAACCAAAGUAGUUACGUUACAAUAUUCUGUUAAAAUCAUACAAAAACUAUUACUGUAUGUUUAGUGUUAUGUUGGUAGGAGGACCAAGACAGUAUGCUUUCCUGUAAUGUCCUGUGGUACUCAGUUUUACAUAACUAAAAUGAAACAUCUGUUUUUCAUCUGUGUGAAGAAGUAAAAAAAAAAAUCUAUUAAAUUUACAGAAUAAAUCAGCAGCCAACCGACUGCUGUAAAUGUUACAAUGUGAAUGUCUGCCGCUGGUUCUUACGGUUUCUUUCAAGCACUUUUGUAUUGACCAAUAACAUGGGAUUAUGUCUCAUCAGGUAUGGUGCAAAAUGACAAAAGGUAUCAUACAAAAUCCCAAGUCCUUGACAAUCAUGGUUUACUAUAUCUUGACUUUUAUCUUCCAGGGAUUUUCCGUGUUAUACUUUGUAUGUAUGUGGCGACUGACUUAUUUGCACAAUAUCAUAUUAUGCAUUAUGUGAAAAGUACAUCAUUUUAUUCACAGAAAAAUCUAUACUGUACCUGGUCAUUUUUUUUUAAAUUUUUUUACUUGCACCAAGACCACAAUUUUUAAAUCUCAUAUUUCACAUAACGGUUAUGAGAUUGGGAAAAUGUCAGAGCCAAAAGCCCCUUGGAAUAAUUCAAAUAGAAUAGAUAUUUCUUUUUUGUCCAGUCAAAAAUUAAGUUCUUGGAAUUUCCUAUCAGAGUUUCCCAUUUAUUCUCUAAUUUAACUUAUUUGGCCUAUAUUACACGAUUUGGCAGGAAGUAACAAUUGUGUCUCUGAAUCCAACCCUGCACUUUUUUCAUGAAAAGAAAAUAUAACUUUUGCCCUAGUAUGUGAAAAUAAAUAGCUAUCA